AUGAUUCGCGCUCGUCUUCGACAAGAUCCACAAAAUGCAAGUUUUUCUUCAACAUGUACAUCAGCUAGUAGUAAUCCUCCAUGGAGCGAUGCAUCAUCUUUUUCAGCUAUUAAUCAUAACUUAUUAUCCUCACAACGGCCAACAUUAAGAUUUACUCGACAUUUUAUGCUUCCUAUAGUUCCGGCAGCCCGUCUACCUAUAUCUCCAACAUCUCCUCGAGCUGCAAUUCGUGAUCUUUGUUUACCACGACAAGAACCACGUCCACCUGCUGAUGUAUUAAAUCGAUCAUGUCUUGGUACAUGUUCGCCGUCUUUAGCUAAGUUUAGUCGUACAAUUACUAGUCAACAUGCAUCAGUAUCACCGAGUACAACAACAGUAUCAUCAUCAUCAGUUAAUACAAGCAAUUUUCUUCAUCCAACAAUACCUUAUCUUACUGUUAAUGCUCGUGGACUACAUUCUCAUCACCACAGUUCUCGACAUACACGGUAA